CACUGCUCUUGCCAUCGUUCGCCGUCGUCGCCCACUCCGAGCUAUCGCUGAUUGCCGCAUCAACCGCUCACCCGUGUCAUUGCAGCGGUCGUCUCAGCAUCCACACCUCGGCGUCCUUUGCUCCACCCCAUCUCCGCAUCCCACUCCUCGCCCUCUUCUCCCCAUCGACCGAUAACGAUAUGGCACCCACCCUCGACCCUGUCACAGCAUGCAUCCAUAACCCGCAUCUCUUGCUGCUCAUCUGCUCGUCCCUCGACGCCAGCGAUGCCGCUACGCUGCUUCGCUGCACCUCCGGGACCCGGGCAGUCUCCAAGACAUCGAGCUUUCGCAGUCGCUGCCUCCAGAUCCUCACCAAGCAACUCUAUCGAUUCAGCUGGCCGAAGCGGUUGUCGGUGUCCAGCACCAAGGGAAGCGCCGCUUUGCCUCCGAUUCAGCUGAUGUUAUUACUGCGGGGUCUCCAGCUGAGGGUUCUGGAUAUGGACGUCGUGCUGGAGCUGGAGCAGCAGGGCAGCAUCUUCCCGGCCAGAUCAUUUGUUCCCGACCCAGUGAAUUCCAAGCACGGCUCGCUCUACAUGGAUAUCCAGCUCGCACUGACCCUCUGGGAUCGAGCGCCACUUGAACUGAUCGACUGGUUUGUUGCCCGGAAUCUGCUCCCUCAAGUCGGCCUGUUUGUCCGACAAACCUAUAUCAAGGGACGCAAGGAAGCCGCUCUACUCGCAUUGCAGCGAUCCCAGACCGCCAACCCGGCGCAUCGCCGCCUUUCGGUCGGAGAUGUUGUUUACGGAGAUCCACAUCUGAACCAAUGGCUGUUUGAUGAAGUACUUCCCAGCGACGAUCUAACUGCGCUGACCUUUCUGUCGGGAGCGCUCGGCAUGCGCAACUUGGAUCCGAUCCUACCCCAUGUCGUGCUCUGCAACGCUCGUCAGUGCCUACACUGGCUUCUGGAGACCAACAAAUGGAGCCUCAAGUACGGCGUUAGCGGCGUGAUCGUCGAGGCUCUGGUGGACGCGCCAAAUGGGCUCUCGAUUCUCCAGGAGCUGGUCGCCUGGGGCCUUGAUAUCCAUGCCAAUGCCGAGCACCUGCUACGAGAGGCCAGUCGAUGUGGCCGGGUUCAUAUGGUCGAGCUGCUUAUCAAUCUGGGGUGCAAUCCCGAAGCCGCUCCAGCCGAUGCCGGCGAUACCGACAGCGCCGACCUACUCGAUGCGGACGACGACAGCCUCGAUGGCAUCACGACUGACGACGAAAGUCACUGGGACGAGCAUGACUGCCCAGUGCUGCAUAUCGAAACAACGGACUCGGACUGCGAAACAGAAAUAUCCGAUACUCUCGGUAGCCCGCCAACGCCAAGGUUCCUUGGCUCUCGCAGAGCCUCUCGAUCGCUCUCGGCAAAGACAAGUCACUCGUCGAUGCCCUCGGACGCCAUAUCGCAGAUGGCCGCAACCUUUGGGCUCGCUUUCCAGUUCUCGUAUCUGGGGCCGCGGUGGCCACGCGGCUGUGCCCUGGACAUUGCGGCAACCGACGAGAUCAGACUGGUGUUAGAGGCCUCUCGCCGCAACCACUCCCGCCGCCGGAGCUCGAUUACCUCCGUCGCAAGCUGGGGAGAAGUCUUUGGAUUUUCGUGAGCGACGGGGCAGUUUGGCGACGGGGCAGCAACUAUGCGAACCGAGCGUCGCCGAGUUAGAGUGUCUCCCAGCGACACUCGAGCGUGCCGGGGAAGCAUGAAGACCCGCACUCUCGCAUCCUAUCUAUUUGCAAUGCUUGCACGGCCAGUUUUGUCCGCGUGAAAUCCCGGUCCACAGUGGGUCGCUGCCGAGCGAGUCUUCAAGCAGCUUGGCCCAUGCUCCACUUCCCCACCCCAUCCGCCC